CAUGGAUUCCCUGGUGGAUGGGAACCACACUGCAGUGACAGGGUUCAUUCUAUUGGGCUUAACAGAUGAUCCCAAACUUCGCAUCAUCCUCUUCGUGGUCAUCCUAUGCAUCUACCUGGUGACCAUAUCUGGCAAUCUCACCACAAUCAUUCUUAUCAGAAUCUCUUCUCAGCUCCAUCAUCCUAUGUAUUUAUUCCUGAGCCACUUGGCUUUUGCUGACAUAGGCUAUUCAUCAUCUGUCACUCCCAAUAUGCUUAUAAACUUCCUGGUGGAGAGGAACACAAUUUCCUAUUUUGGAUGUGCUAUCCAGCUUGGUUCAGCCGUCUUCUUCGGGACAUUUGAGAGCUUCCUUCUGGCAGUUAUGGCAUAUGAUCGCUUUGUGGCAAUCUGCAACCCACUGCUUUAUUCAACCAAAAUGUCCAAACAAAUCUAUGUCCAGUUACUCUCUGUGGCUUAUGUAGGUGGUUUUCUCAAUGCUUCAAUUUAUACUAUUUCCUUCUCUUCUUUAUUUUUCUGUGGACCAAAUCAAGUCAAUCACUUUUUCUGUGAUUUUGCGCCUUUAGUUAAACUUUCCUGUUCUGAUAUUAGUAUUCCCGCAGUUGUUCCCUCAUUUUCUGCUGGAUCCAUCAUUGUGAUCACAGUAUUUGUCAUAGUCAUUUCCUACACCUACAUCCUCAUCACCAUCCUGAGGAUGCGAUCUUCCGAGGGACGCCACAAGGCCUUCUCCACCUGCACCUCCCACCUCACUUCUGUCACUCUGUUCUUUGGGACAAUUACAUUCAUUUAUGUGAUGCCCAAAUCCAGCUACUCAACUGACCAGAACAAGGUGGUGUCUGUGUUCUACAUGGUGGUGAUCCCCAUGUUGAACCCUCUCAUCUACAGUCUCAGGAAUAAUGAGAUUAAGGGUGCUCUGAAGAGAGAGCUUGGUAGAAAAAUAUUUUCUCAACGAAACCUUCAAUUUUGUUGGGUUUGCUGUAAUAAUAUAACAUGA